ACCUCCUCUGAAUUGGUCAUAUUCCAAACAUUUCCUAGUGACUUAGCAUAGGUGGCAAAAACAUAAAAUUCCUGAUAUAGAAAUUUGAAAUACCUAUAAAGGCCGUACAAUGUUUAGACUACAUAAACGGCCAUUAGGAAACUUUAAGGUGAAGUUUGCUAAAUCGAAAGUGUCCUUGAGCAGCAUAAGCACAGAAUUAUCAAAGCGAAAUUUUUCUUCCGGAACGAAAUUACCGGAAAGUGCUGAAGUUGUAAUAAUUGGUGGAGGUUCUGCCGGAUGCAAUACAUUGUACCAGCUGACAAAACGUGGUAUUCGAGCAGUUUUGCUUGAGAAAGCUAAAUUAACUGCCGGGACCACGUGGCACACGUCUGGAUUAGUGUGGAGUUUGCGCCCUAAUGAUGUAGAAAUCAACUUGUUGGCAUCGACGCGAAAACUAUUGAUGACAUUAGAAGAAAAAUCUGGACAUAAUUCUGGUUGGAUCAACAACGGAGGAUUGUUUAUUUCUCACUCUGAAGAAAGACUUCAAGAGUAUAAACGAUUGUCUACGAUUGGAAAGUGUUUUGGAGUUGAAAGUCAAAUAUUAACACCAGAUGAAGCACAAAAACUAUUUCCAGCAUUAGAUACAGCAGCAUUCACUGGUGCAUUAUACUCACCUGCUGACGGUCUAGUAGAUCCAGCGAUGAUGUGUACUGCCUUGACAAGGGCAGCAACUGCGAACGGUGGCGUAAUCGUAGAAGACUGCCUAGCCAGUAAAAUUGUGACUGGAGAAAACCUAUUGGGUAUGAAAGACGUCCGGGGCGUAGAAACCAACAAAGGCAUAAUACGUACCAACACUAUUGUUAAUGCUACCGGUGUUUGGGGCAGGGAUUUAAUUGAACCCCUCGGGGUUCAUUUGCCUUUGAUUCCCAUGAAACACGCUUAUGUAAUUUCGGAGACCAUGGAUAACGUUCAUCAAAUGGUACCUAAUAUUCGCGAUCACGAUUAUUCCAUAUAUUUUCGCAUUCAAGGAAAAUCAAUUUGUAUGGGUGGAUAUGAAAACAAUCCGGUUUUGCUAGAUAAAGUACCCACAGAUUUUCACUUCGGAUUGUACGACCUAGACUUUUCAAUUUUCGAUACACACAUCCAAGGAGCGGUGAAACUUUGUCCAGACUUUGGAAAAACAGGUAUUAAGAGUACCGUUUGUGGACCAGAAUCAUUCACGCCUGAUCACAAACCAUUGAUGGGACCAGAUCCUAUCGUCAAUGGAUUGUUCCACAACUGCGGAUAUAAUUCAGCUGGUAUGAUGUUAGGAGCUGGUUGUGCGGAACAGCUUGCCCAGUGGAUCGUACAUGAUCGGCCAGAAUUGCAUAUGUUUGCAUACGAUGUCCGACGUUUUAGCCCAAAGCAGAGGAAAGCUCUUAAUUGGGCUACCGAGAGAAGUCACGAAGCUUAUGCAAAGAACUACAGCAUUGUGUUUCCCCACGAUGAACCGCUUGCUGGUAGAAACUUCACUGUCGAUCCGUUCCAUAAACAAAUGAUUCAAUAUGGUGCCGUGAUGGAGGAAAGACACGGUUGGGAGAGACCUGGUUACUUCUUACCCGAGGAUACUGUAGUUGUACAACCAUACGAUUGGUACGGAUACUACGAUUACCCCAAGAACACCAACACGAACUACGAGGAAACACUUAAGAAGGAUUAUACGUUUGGCUUCCCCGAGCAUCAUGAUCUGAUUGGUGAGGAAGCUCUGACCUGUCGUAACGAUGCAACCCUCUUCAAUUUAAGCUACUUUUGUAAACUUUUUCUCACUGGGAACCAAGCAAAAGAAGCAGCUGAGUGGAUCUUUACUGGGGAUUUGAACAAACCUGUUAACAAGACCAUCUACACUUGCGCUUUGAACAAACACGGAGGUGUUGAAUCAGAUGUUACCGUCAGCAUCAUCGAGUCAGGACAGGGAGAACUUCACGAUCCAAUUUUCAAAGGUCGUGGAUAUUACAUCGUAGCUGGAGGAGCUUCAGCCUACCACACAAAAGCACAUAUCUGGGCAGCCAUCCAAGAAAAAGCGCUGCGAGCAGUUGUCACCGAUGAAACAGAUGAGCUAGGAGUCCUUUCUAUCCAAGGACCAAAAAGUCGCGAGAUCUUGCAAAAAGUUACAGACUUUAAUCUGAGCGAUGAUGAGCGAUUGCCACCAAAUUCCAACACGGUGCUGAGUAUUAAAAUCAACCCGUUCUACUCGUGUAGCGUUAGAGUUCUACGGGUUAGUUUUGUCGGAGAACUCGGGUAUGAGCUGCAUAUUCCUGCGGAAAGUUGCAAUGACGUGUAUAACGCGUUGAUGAAGGCCGGAUACAAAGACGGAUUGCGAAAUGCGGGCUAUCGCGCUCUCUAUUCACUGAGCAGUGAAAAGGGCUACCACCUGUGGGGGUACGAUGUACGCUCGGAUGAUACACCCGUUGAGGCAAAUCUCGAGUUCACAUGUAGAAAACGUGGUGAUUACCAAGGCCGAGUAGUUGUAGACAGGCAGUUGCAAAAUGGUGUUAACAAAAAAUUGGCAUUUUUCACCUUGAACGAUCAGGUUCCAAUUUGGGGCCUCGAAGCUGUUUAUCGGAACGGUGAAUUGAUGAGCCAUCUGCGACGAGGCGAGUACGGCUAUACGUUGCAUAAGCCAAUUGGCCAAGCCUACGUCACCAGAAAAGAUGGGGAUUAUGUGACUAAUGAGUACAUCAAAAGUGGUCGAUACCAGAUUGAAAUUAUGGGUAAACUAUACAACGCGGAAUGCCAUCUCAAAAGUCCAUUUGAUCCCAAGGGUGAACGGAUACUAGGCAUUUAUAAAUAAAUUUUAUUUAGUAGAAGUA